CGAUGUUUCAGAUCUUUUACUGUCAACAUCUUUUAGCUGGACAAUUUUAUUUUUGUAUUAAUUGAUUUUUGUGAUAAUAAAUUAAAUUACUCUAUCUGAUUGUUUGCUGUAUAUUUAAUUGGCAUUUAUAUCUAACAUGAAUUUUAGAUUCAAAUCACGUGAAAAGGACAGAGAUGAUCGCAAAGAUCGAGUUGCCCUAGGUAUGCCCCGUGAACGUGAUCGUGAAUGGGACAGAGAGUGGGACAGAGAAUGGGAUCGCGACAGGGAUCGUGGUGAUCGUGAUUAUCGUGAAAGAGAACGACAUCGUGAUCGAGACUCCUCACGAGAACGUGAAAGGGACUACGAUCGUCCACGGGAACGAGAAAGAGAUCGAGAUAGAGAAAGGGAUCGUGAUAGAGAAAGGGAUAGAAGUCAUGAUGACAGAGAUUUCAAUCGAAAUAGGUACAGAGAAAGAGAAAAAGGAUCAAGCAGUCGAUAUAGGAGAAAUCACGGCUUUAAUAACACCGAUGAAGACAAUAGCCUUUCACAUCACAAUAAUGCCAAAGAUGGCUAUGGAUCUGACAGGAAUGCUAUCCAGAAAUGGGACUGGAGUUGUUAUAAGUGUGGUGUAAAUAAUUUUAAGAGAAGAGAACAAUGCUUUAAGUGUGGAACUCCUCGGGAGGAGUCUGCCGCGGCAAUCGAAGUAGGGGACGAGAUAAGUAUCAAUCCAACUAAUUGUCUUAUUUUGCGGGAUCUCGCUCCACACAUUACCGAGGAGAAAAUUCUGACUGCUCUAGAACAAGUCACGGCAUUACCUAUUAAGAGUAUCCGUAUACCCCGAGAUCCUGUCUACGGUUCUACUCGUUGCAUUUGUUUUGUAGAAUUACAUACCACUUUAGAAGCUUCUCAGCUUUUCACUUUAUUGUGCUCUUCAAAUCCAGGUUUCGUUGUCGAUGGUUAUCCGCUGAAAGUGUGUUACGCCAAGAGAAAUGUUUCAUCAAGUAUUGCUCCGAGAGUUUCAAACGUUGCCAGUGUUGCAUUAGCUGCUGCCCAAUGGACAAAUCAAUCUGAUCAAUCAAAUCAAUCAACCAUGACUAAUACAGAUUCGACAUCUCGUGAUCCAACAAUCUCAGCUGGACCUACUGUGAUAGGUGCCAAUUCCCAUUCAGCUGUUGACUCUAGUGAAAAUAGUAAUGUUGUUAGUUUGGGAACCGUUUCAGUUAACGGUGUACUUUACCCGAAAUAUCCAACACCUGAUACCUCAACUUACCAAUAUGAUGAAAGUUCGGGUUACUACUAUGAUUCAACUAAUGGGCUUUACUAUGAUGCUAAUUCUCAUUACUAUUACAAUCCAACAACUCAAUCGUACCUAUUUUGGGAUGGGAAGCAUUCAACUUAUUUACCAGUAGACAAUAAAACUUCUACAAAAUCUGCUCAGGCUUCCAGUCCAACAUCACAUUCUAAUGAUAAAAAUUUAGUUGAUAAAACAUCUGAAUGUCAGGAUAAACCAAAGGAAGUACAAGACGAAAAGUUGCAAAAACAUGACAAAGUCAAGAUUGCCAAGAAAAUUGCAAAAGAUAUGGAAAAAUGGGCCAAAACUCUUAAUCAAAAGAAAGAAACUUCACGUUUAUUAAGUCAACCUCCAUUAGCUGCUUUCAGUCCUGAGGAAACAGAAACCCCAGUGUCAUCAUCAGUUCAUUCACAACCUUCAAAUUUUAGCUCUAAAAACAGUGAAUAUGUUACUUCACUUGAUGAAGCACCUAAAAAACGUCGCUUUGAAUAUGAAACAACUAUGGACUCUCCUGAACAAAGUGAGGAAAAAAUUGAAAAACCUGACUCAGAUGAUUCUUUGUCCCGUUCACCCAACCUUCCAGACGCUUUAGCAUUUCUGCAAACUCAAGAGCAAAAAUUACUUGAUUGGGAAAGACUUUUGUGUUUAUUGUGCAAACGACAGUUUAAUAGUAAAGAACAAUUGACAAAGCAUCAACAAGCAUCCGAUCUUCACAAGAACAAUCUGAUAAAGCUUGGAGAAACCAAAUUUGCUGAAAGUAUAGAAGCAGGAACUUCUUUUGGAGAUUCUAGCUAUCGAGAUCGUGCCAGAGAACGAAGACUGAAAUACGGCCAACCUGAAGUACCUGAUGCUGACUUAAGUACAACGAAUAUAAAUACACUAUUUACUGAACCCAGGAGUUCAGCUAGUUCUGCUAGUUCUGCUGGUGUUAGCGGAAUUGGUAGUAAGAUGUUGAAAGCAAUGGGUUGGAGUGAAGGUCAAGGUCUAGGUAAAGCUAAACAAGGAACUGCAUCAAUAAUUGAAGUCGAGAGACGAUCUACUGGAGUCGGACUGGGUAUGAAAUCAACUACGACUGGAGUGGGUGAAUCUUAUAAAGAUGCUGUUCGUCGAGCUUCUUGGUUAAGAUUUCAAGAACUUUCUAAAAAUGAUUCUUGAAAAUGAAACCGAUCAAUUAUUAAUUCUACCCAUGAUUUAAACCCUUUCCUCUUCAAAGUCCAUUUGGCUGUGCACUCAGACUUGUGGAAUCUCCAUCCACGACUUUAUUCAAUGAUGUUUUAUUAACACGAGCAAAAAUGAUUGCAAUGCUGUUUUGUUUUUUUACUGAACAUCAUUUGAAUUUUGUGAGAUUUCUGACUUAAAUCAUAUUGAUCAAACCAUUUGUCUUACCUUUAAUUAUCUCUCACUUGAAUCAUUUUUCUCAUUACAUAAACAAGGCUACACCCUUUCUGCUUCGUUUUCUUUUGCGAUUACAAUAAAUGGCAAGCAAAACAGAAA